UAUCAUUGGACCACCACAACCUCCAACCUCCAAGGCCAACUGUCAGGGAAAGCCAUUAUCAACAAGAACAUCAAGGCUUAUCCUCCCUUCCUGCAAGCCAAAAUUCUGAAUCGAAAUCCAGCUGAUUCCCAUGGAUUAAUACUGAUCCCAACAGUUCUUUGUCUUCUCCCUCCUUGCUCCAAAUGGCCGGCACCGGCUUACGAUUCCGGCAGGGCGCCAUCUUCUUCUCAGGAGCUCAUGCUGCUGCUCAUCCAAGAACAAGGACUCCUCACCACCAUUGCUCACCUCAGAGGACGCACGAUGCGAGAGGAAGGUGCCGCCUCACGGCUAAGUCCGCAAAUGGACGCCCACAGAUCAGUGCCUCCUUCAGAGAUGUGGCGAUAGAUGGGGCACAGUCUGAAGAUGGGGCGCCAGAGCAGGGAGGAUCCACCGUCAGCAUCACCGUCGUCGGCGCCUCCGGCGAUCUCGCCAAGAAGAAGAUCUUUCCCGCGCUUUUCGCCCUGUACUACGAGGACUGCCUCCCGGAGCAUUUUACAGUUUUUGGUUAUGCUCGUAGCAAGAUGAGCGAUGAAGAGCUCAGGAACAUGAUUAGCUUGACUCUGACAUGCCGGAUUGAUCAGAGGGAGAACUGCAGUGACAAGAUGGAACAGUUUCUGAAGAGAUGCUUUUAUCAAUCUGGGCAGUACAAUUCAGAGGAAGGGUUUUCUGAACUGGACAGAAAGCUAAAAGAAAAGGAGGCUGGCAAGGUACCAAACAGGCUCUUUUACCUGUCGAUUCCACCGAACAUAUUUGUCGAUGUGGUGAGAUCUGCUAGUCGCACAGCAUCAUCUCAAGACGGAUGGACAAGGUUCAUAGUGGAGAAGCCAUUCGGCCGCGAUUCCGAGUCGUCAGGGGAGCUCACUCGAAACUUGAAGAAGUACUUGGCCGAGGAGCAGAUAUUCAGGAUUGACCAUUAUUUGGGGAAGGAGCUGGUUGAGAACCUCUCGGUGCUCCGUUUCUCCAAUCUCGUCUUCGAGCCACUGUGGUCGAGGAACUACAUCAGGAAUGUGCAGCUCAUAUUUUCUGAAGAUUUCGGCACGGAGGGUCGAGGCGGCUACUUCGACAACUACGGGAUCAUCAGGGACAUAAUGCAGAACCACCUGCUGCAGAUCCUGGCCCUGUUCGCCAUGGAGACUCCGGUCAGCCUCGACGCCGAGGACAUCCGCAACGAGAAGGUGAAAGUGCUGAGGUCGAUGAGGCAGCUGAGGCUGGAGGACGUGGUGGUGGGUCAGUACAAGGGGCACAGCAAGGGCGGGAAGACGUACCCGGCGUACGUGGACGACCCGACGGUGCCGAGCGGCAGCAUCACGCCGACGUUCGCCGCCGCCGCCCUCUUCAUCGACAACGCCCGCUGGGACGGCGUCCCCUUCCUCAUGAAGGCCGGCAAGGCCCUGCACACGCGACGGGCGGAGAUCAGGGUGCAGUUCCGGCGGGUGCCGGGGAACCUGUACGGGCGGCGGAGCCGGAGCGUGGGCGGCGGCGGGACGACAGCGACGAGGGAGCUGGAGAAGGCGACGAACGAGCUGGUGCUGCGGGUGCAGCCCGACGAGGCGAUCUACCUCAAGAUCAACAGCAAGGUGCCCGGGCUGGGGAUGAGGCUGGACAGCAGCGACCUCAACCUGCUCUACUCCGAGCGCUACCCCGCCGAGAUCCCCGACGCCUACGAGCGCCUGCUGCUCGACGCCAUCGAGGGCGAGCGCCGCCUCUUCAUCCGCAGCGACGAGCUCGACGCCGCCUGGGCCAUCUUCACCCCCGUCCUCGCCGACCUCGAGGCCAACAAGGUGGCACCCGAGCUCUACCCGUACGGCAGCCGGGGACCCGUCGGAGCGCACUACCUCGCCGCCAACCACAACGUCCGCUGGGGUGACAUUAGCUAGCUCAGAAAAUGAAAAGAUCGAUCGGAGUCGCUGUUACCGUGCUUGCUAUAAUCUUCAUUUACCAUUUGCAUUGAUGAAUUCUUUAUUGGACUGCUCAGGGACGAAAUUAAUAAAACAAAGCUCUAGUCAUUCGAAA